AUGAGCUCUCAACAAAGUCCAGCUGCACUUCAAGCUAGUGUUGAUCGUGAAAAAGUAUACACAUGGAUCGUUGAAUUAUCUAAUCCUGAAACCCGACAAAAUGCUUUGUCAGAAUUGAGUAAAAAGAGAGAAGUUGUACCAGACUUAGCUCCAAUGUUGUGGCAUUCAUUCGGCACUGCUGCAUCAUUACUUCAAGAAAUAAUUAAUAUUUAUCCAGCGAUUAAUCCUGCUACCCUUACAGCUCAUCAAAGUAAUAGGGUUUGCAAUGCUCUUGCUCUGCUCCAAUGUGUUGCAAGUCAUCCAGAGACUCGUUCAGCAUUUUUACAGGCACAUGUACCUUUAUUUUUGUAUCCAUUUUUGCAUACUGUAAACAAAACACGUCCUUUUGAGUACCUACGUUUAACGAGUCUUGGAGUAAUUGGUGCUCUUGUUAAAACAGAUGAACAAGAAGUUAUUACUUUUUUGCUAACAACUGAAAUAAUACCUUUGUGUUUGAGGAUAAUGGAAAGUGGUUCUGAACUUAGUAAAACUGUAGCUACAUUUAUUUUACAAAAAAUUCUUCUUGAUGAUAGUGGUUUAUCGUAUAUCUGUCAAACAUAUGAUAGAUUUAGCCAUGUUGCGAUGAUAUUAGGAAAAAUGGUUUUGUCACUGGCAAAAGAUCCAUCUGCAAGAUUACUUAAACAUGUUGUCAGAUGUUACUUGAGACUUUCCGAUAACCCAAGGGCACUUUUGGCGCUAAGACAAUGUUUACCUGAUCAACUUCGUGAUAAUACAUUUGCCACUUGUCUUCAAGAAGAUAAAUCAACAAAGCAUUGGUUGAAUCAGCUUUUGAAAAAUUUAGAAACUGGACCACAAACAGGACCGUCUGCUCAACCAGUUCAACCCGAUCCUAGGACAAUCGGUAUGUCACCACUAACUUCAUAGUUUAUAUUAAUUAAUGAGCGAUAAUGGAGUAAAAUUGGAAGAUAAUUAGCAAAAAAAAAAGUUAAAGAAUACUUAUUUGAAUAUCGAUUGGAAGCCUUUGCAUCAAUAUGAUAAAAAAUUAUAUAUGUAUAAUAUGAAAGUUACAAAAUAAUGAAAAAUUAUUCUUUGAUUAUCACUACUUUAUUAAUUUUAUAUGUA